GUGAAUACGACACCGGAACCUCACGUGCAGAUAUUCUAAGAGCAGAUAGCGCCACAUGGAGGCUGUUCUGAAGAACUUGGAGAGGACCACGGAGCUACUCGCCUUGAUGCAAACCGAGUAGUGGGACAAUCCCAGGACAGAGCCUUCUAAUGGACUCAGUACGAACACCUCCAGCAAACAUCAUGGAGAUAUUGGAAAAACAACUACAGGCAACCAACGAAAGCAUAUGAACAAUUGUUCAAGGAUACAACGGAUAUCACGUUCCCUGACCUGUAGCAGUGUCAACUCUUGCUGCUCGUGGGAUUACAAAAGACCGCCUCGGUCCCAAACUGUUUGAACUUCUAGUUUCAGAACGGUUGGAGCGAAAUCGAAGGAUGCCACAAGUCAUUGUACUGAGCUCAUUGAAAUCAAAUCAAGUCUUGAUUGCCAUUCAUUUGAAACGCAGUACAUCAGUUCCUAGUCCUUACGCUUCGAACACACCGACUGUGUCAUUGCGUUUCGAGACACCAGAAGUACAUUCAUUUCCAAUGGAAUGCUCCAUUUGCCUUCAGCAAUGCGUUGCAGAGACAGUUGCCCUACGUUCUGUGUGGUGCAUACGUUCGAUUUAUCGAACAUAUUCAUCAAAUUGUAUGUGUAGACUUGACAGAAAAUAGCUAAAUAUGAAUGUAGAUUUUUUUUCCGAUCACCUGCUCCAGAUGGUUGGAGCCAGGAUCACCCGGAUGGAUACCAACUACCGGGAGUCCAUCAGCCCAGUUGAACACCUGGCGAUUUGUCUCGGAUUCUUGGCGACAGGGGACUCCUACAGGACCAUAGGAUUCAGCUUCCGAGUUGGACGGUCCACGGUGGCAGGCAUUGUCCCCUCUGUGGCACAAGCCAUUUGGGACUGUCUGGUUGGUGAACACAUGCCUGUCUCCAAGAAGGAAGACUGGAGGGCCAUUGCUGCCGAGUUCCUGGAGAGGUGGAAUUUCCCCAACUGUCUUGGCUCCAUUGACGGGAAACAUGUGGUAAUCCAGGCUCCACCGUGCUCAGGGUCACAAUUCUACAACUACAAGGGUACAUAUUCAGUUGUACUCUUGGCUGUAGUAGAUGCCAUCUACUGUUUCCGUGUUGUCGAUGUUGGUGAUUACGGCAAAGGAAGUGAUGACGGGACCCUCCGGGACUCUGCCUUCGGCCAGGCACUUCAGGAUGGCACCCUGGAGAUUCCACCUCCUGCAUCACUCCCUGGGGCUAAAGACCUGGGACCUGUUCCCCACGUCUUCGUCGGCGACGAGGCCUUCCCUUUAAGACCCAACCUCAUGAGGCCCUACGCUGGACACCAGCUGCCAUUGCCAAAGCCUGUAAGGAUCUUUAACAAACGACUGUCCAGGGCAAGGUUAGUUGUUGAAUGCGCCUUUGGGAUUCUGGCAGCCCGAUGGAGAAUGUAUUGGAGAGUGCUUGGUCUCAGCCGCUCAAAUGUCGAUGCCUGUGUGAAGGCCACAUGAGUUCUCCACAACUACCUGCGGAGGUCAUUCCAGUGUUCUCCACAACUACCUGCGGAGGUCAUUCCAGUGUUCUCCACAACUACCUGCGGAGGUCAUUCCAGUGUUCUCCACAACUACCUGCGGAGGUCAUUCCAGUGUUCUCCACAACUACCUGCGGAGGUCAUUCCAGUGUUCUCCACAACUACCUGCGGAGGUCAUUCCAGUGUUCUCCACAACUACCCGCGGAGGUCAUUCCAGUGUUCUCCACAACUACCUGCGGAGGUCAUUCCAGUGUUCUCCACAACUACCUGCGGAGGUCAUUCCAGGAGCCGCUCCGGAUGGCAUGCCAAAUGGUCACCAACCUGAUGCCACCGGGGGCAGGUACCAACAACGCCCCCAGACAGGCACUCCAGGUGAUGGAGAAGCUGACCACCUACUUCUCAUCGCCAGCAGGUGAAGUCCCAUGGCAGUAUGCCGUGGACUGAAACAGCUCUUUUAAGAGCCCCAUAACACAAAGGUUAUUUUAAGAACCAGCCACCGUUGUCCAUAAAAUUGAAUUUUUUUCCCCCCAGAUGACUAUGUAUCAUUGUCUCUCUUAAUUUUGGAGUAAAGACCACACCUUAACCCCUUCCAUUAACGGCAGUAUUAUACACACCUGGGAGCACUAAUUAAGGUUAUACGACAGUUAGUAUGAUAACAAAGGGAAAGGGUAACCUAGGGUCCAUACAAAUAGUAUAGUUUACCACCUGGUUCACUGGCCUGACAAAAUACAGGUGGAAGAGAAUGUGUUUUUACUUUCAUCUUGUAUUAGAUCAGCAAAGGUGUUGGGAAGAAAUAAGCAGAUUCAGUCUAAAUUAGAUAUUAAUAAACAACUGAAACAACUGACUAUGAAAACAUAAUUUAAUAAGUAUUCAAGUACAGGAAAGAACAUGACAGGUAUAUGUGUUAUAAAAAUGUUUUUUUUAAAUUAAACCAUUGAAAGAGAUGUGUGUGUAAACAAACAUAAAAACAUGAAUGUGUAGCCUGUAAUCUGUAAGAGAACAACAAGAGCAUGUAUUUCUGUCACAACUGCAGACAGAUACAGGGACAACUCAUAAAGCCUAGACAUAGUAGGGGAACUUCAGACAUGGCCAUACAGAGAGAGAGGGCAGGGCACUGGAGAUCUGAGGGACAGAGAGGAGUGGAGAAGAGGUGUGUGUCUCUGUCUCUGGUAAAAAAAUUAAAUGUAGCCAUAACACAGCUAAAUAAACAAAUGGCCCCUGGACGUCAUG